AUGUGUUAUUGCCGGUUUCUUUCUGUAGGAUUCAAGGUGAUCCUCGGCUUUUCUCCGCCACUUCGACGUAUUCUCUGGGUAUCAGUGUUGGCUUCGUUAUCUUUCUUCGGGCUUCAAGACAUGUAUGACGUGUUUCGGGACUUUGCUGAGUACAGUGAUACCGUGGACGUUGUCCUUGCACGGCCUCCAGACGGUCUAGCGAUGCCCGCCGUCUCCUUUUGCAAUUUAAAUCAAGUGCGCCGGAGCGUCUUCUGCGGUGACAUAGUCCUCAACAGGUCAACAGCUAGCGAGUGGCAGCAAAAGCUCUGUACCGACGAUGGACCGCUUCCAAUAUGGCUUCCCGAAGACGAAGCUUCUGACCGCAAGCAAUUCUUUAAGUGGGUGGCAGAGAUGCAGAGACGCAACGAAGCUAUGGCAGAACUGUUGGGACACCAGAGGGAAGACAUGGUCGUGGACUGUACCAUAAAUGGUGCAUCCUGUAAUUCGGCCAGCAAAUUACAGUUGCAAAUGUACGGAAGAUACGGCAAUUGCUACUGCUUCGGCUGCAACAUGACCUAUCCUCCACACAAGCUUCAAAUCAUCAACAAAGCUUCAGAAGGGCUGCAGCUGCUGUUAAACGUGGAGCCGGAAGAAUACCUUUCGCUCUCCGUAGAAGCUGGCUUUGUUGUUGCCGUCCACCAGGCAGGAGUCGAGGUGGACUUUCGCAAAGAUGGUGUCUUUCUACCACCCUAUUACACUACAUUCAUCAGCGUCACUCAGUCAGUGCAGGAGAGGUUGGAACCACCGUACCGCAACCCUUGCCAGCCUACGUGGCCCGAGGAGUACCUCCAAUACGUUCCAGAAGGACAUAUCUACACUAGCAGCGCAUGCAAAGAGAUGUGUGCCCAAAUGCACGUGCUGAAAACUUGCAAGUGCCAGUCGCACGACUACGUCAUUCUAGACCGUUCCUUGGCCAAUAUUUGCCUAGAAGAGGAUGAAGCAACAGAUGCCUGCAUUGCUGGUGUGGCGUCAAAAAUUAUGAGCAUGGAAAUUCACUGCCCCUGCUUGCCCAGCUGCAGUAGCAUCACCUAUACUCAGAAGGUAUCUUCACUGCAAUGGACCAAGUACUCCGAUCCCCGAAAGGAACCUACAAUGAGUAAGAGAAUGUUGGCUAAAGUGUUUGUGUAUUUCGCAACGACACAAGUGGAAUGGAGGAGACACGAUCCAAAACUGACGGUCAAUCUCUUGGUGAGCAACCUCGGAAGCACUGUUGGAAUGUACAUUGGGAUGUCCUUCUUGCACAUGUUCAAUGUUGCCGACAUUAUAACCCGUGCCGGGAUUGUACUUUACAAACAAAAGAUGAGAAACAGUAACCGAAGUGGGAAACGUGCGUACUAAUCUCACAAUAAAAUGAGUUCAUGCUGCAAGUAACCAGGAGAUGGACUUCGCGGGAUUCACUGGACUGUUAAUUUGAAGCUGGAUUUCCGGGUGAUCUACACGGAAUAAAAUUACUCCACGGGUCUUGCAGAGAUAAACAUCUCAUGUACAUCUGGGCCCAAUCUGGUUUGCUACAUUUUCAUCUUCGUCGGGUCACGGGUAGCCAAGUAGGCUUUCAAACUUACCGCCCUUUUGCCUAUAGGCCAGCCGUGGCGGCAUACGCUCCGAGAACACAGAUGAGAACAGUACAAUAAUGUAACAAUUCCAAAUGUUUUAAGCGCAGAGAUUUCAAGUUCUUGUAUA